AUGACUGUAUGUAAAGUGCUUUUAUAUGGUCUAAAGCCAUGUGAUAUAAGUAGUCAUACGAAUGAUAAAAUAUCUGAUAUAUCUCAUCAACGGCAACAUUCAAUAAUUUCAACAACACCACCUAAACUUCCAUCAGAAAAAUCAUUAUCACCCGAUACUGAUUAUCUUAAUAUAGACAUUAAACCUUUGCUAGCACCAACUAAUGCACGUUCUUCAACAAGUAGUGAUACCGUUCAUGAAUCAAGUCCAAUUCGUGUAAUAAUGCGUGAAACACCACGUGGACGUUAUCGUAUUUGUGUUUCUCAAACAUUAUUACGUUCACAUAUCGGUGAUGUAUCAUGA